AUGUCGCUCUACUACGAAGCUGCGGCUGUCCUCGCCAACUCGGAAAACGCCGGCGGCUCCCUCAAAUCGCGGAUAUACAAGAACAAGGACUUGAAGACAUCGCCUGCGCAACUCUUCGCCUUGAUUAGCGAAGCAUCGAAAUGGUCGCUGGUGCUCAAGGACGUCAUUGAGAGGUGCAGGCUGCUGGCCGAGGAGAAGAAGCUUACCCCAACGCUCGCGCUUCUCCUUACACAUGACUUGCUUCUCGCUAAGAGCGGCGUUGCUGCCCACGCCAACCAUGUCCUCAAGCUGGCUGUGUUAAGACACAAAGCUCGGCUGAACGCAGAGUUCACGAAAGCCCGGAUACGUCGCGGAUAUGCAACAGUUGACGCGCUACGCCAGGCUGUUGAACAGGGAGAGCUGGAGGGCAGCGAUGAGCUGUCUAAAAGCCUCUACAGGCACCCGCGAUGGGUGCGCGUGAAUACGCUCCAGACGAGCAUAGAGCAGCAAAUGGCCACAACCUUUGCAGGCUAUGAAAAGGCCAGUAAUAUUCAAGAGAUUCAGCGGGCAUCUGCGUCGGCGAAGAUGUACUUCGAAGAUCCCCACAUUCCCAAUUUGCUCGCCCUCCCUCCGAAAGUCGAUCUUAGCAAGUCUGAGGCGUACGCAAGAGGAGCCAUCAUACUCCAAGACAAGGCCUCCUGCUUUCCAGCUUACCUACUGGAUGUAGGACCGGAUGAUGGAGAUGCUAUAGAUGGCUGCGCUGCACCAGGGAACAAGACGACACACUUGGCUGCGAUGGUGUCUCAGAGGAACUCACACGCCAAGCGACCGAAGGUGUUUGCGUAUGAGAGAGACAAAGCCAGGGCAGUAACAUUAGAAAAAAUGGUCAAGCGCGCUUCUGCGGACUCAGUCGUACUGAUCAAGCCUGGAGCAGAUUUCCUUGCAGCGAACCCAGAAUCAGAAGAAUUUGCGCGUGUCGGUGCGAUCUUGCUUGACCCGAGUUGCUCAGGGAGUGGCAUCGUCGGGAGGGACGAUGCGGUCAAGAUGCAUCUGCCAGUUCCAGGUGUCGGUGGUGCUCUUGUCGCCACAAGCCAGAACAAUAGGAAGCGGAAGAGAGACCACGAGACAACUCAGGGCAGCAAAACGUUCAGUAUCAGCUUGGAUGACGUAGUGCCCGAAGAGACGCCUCUUGAAGGACAGCUCUCUGAGAGGCUUACCGCUCUUUCGACAUUCCAACUUCGCAUUCUUACGCAUGCGAUGCGUUUCCCUAAGGCAAAGAAGAUAACCUAUUCUACAUGCUCCAUUCAUUUCCAAGAGAACGAAGGCGUCGUGUUUCGAGCUCUGGCAUCAAAGAUUGCGAGAGCGAGAGGAUGGAGGAUCUUACCUAGGGAUCGCCAAGUGCAGGGCAUGAAAGAUUGGAACCGAAGAGGCGUUUUGGAAACCGAAGACCUAGAUAUAGCUAUCGGCUUGGACCGGCUACAUAAAGAAGAGGUACGCAACGCUUGCAUACGCUGCGAGAAAGGUACCGAGGAAGGUACGAUGGGUUUCUUUGUCGCCGCUUUUGUUCGGGAUGCCGAGUUUGUGUCUGGAGACACCUCUUCGCACGCUGGUGUCGCUGAGGAGGAGGAGGAGGAGGAGGAGGAGGAGGAGUGGAACGGAUUCAGUGAUGGCGGGGAGACGAUCGGGGCGACCUCAAUGCAGCAGGAAUCACCUGGCGCCCUGAAGAGCCCAAAGAGAAAGAGGAAAUAG